CGUAAGUAACACAGUUAGUAGCCUUCGCAUUUGCCACAAUAUUUUGUCGGAAAAUUAGUAAAAAUUUUCGUUUCUUUUCAAAAUUUUCUCCUAAAAAGAAUUGUUAAAAAUCGUCUGUAAAACCUGCCCAAAAUUGAGAAUGGAUUCUGAAAUAAUUGAACUAAUGGACAGUUGGGUCCAAGCCGUUGGACAACUGAGCGUGGAAAAGAAGGAUAUAGAAAGACGUAUGAAUCGUUCAAUUAUAGGAACUGCAGCUGUUGGUACAUAUGAACAAUAUUUACGCCUGAAAGACCAAUACGACAGAAUUGUCAAAGCAACUGACGCUAUGCUGUUCGAUGCUCUACGGUUAGAACGGUUGGAAGCAGAAAUCGAUAAGGCUAUCGACAAGUUGACUGACAACCUUGAUAGACAGAGAGCCCUGCUGCCGAAGAAGGAGAGAGCGACAAGGCAGCUAUUUACCGACAAUUCAACUUGAUGAUUGAUGACUUUGAGCUUGAAGAAUAGUUCGAAUAAAUAUUUUGAUCGCAUUAUGGUGAGUCGUUGGGC